GCUGGGGCUGCGCUUAUGGCUUCCCUGGGGGACGAGGUGCUGGACGGUUACAUGUACCCGGCGUGCGCCGCCUACCCGUACCCCUAUCUCUACCCGCCCGCCAGGGGCAAGGGCUUGGCGGGCGCGGGCGGCUGGCGGCUGCGCGGCGGGGACCACCCUCCCGCGUCGUCCUCCUCGGCCGGGGCCGCCCCGUCGUCCUUCCCGGGCUACGGGCAGCUGAUGGCCGCUGAGUACUUCGACAACUACCAGCGGACGCAACUCAUGGCCCUCCUGUCGCAGGUGAGCCCCAGCCUGGCCCCGCGGCCCCGCAGGGCCGGCAGCCGGGACGUGGCGGUGCAGGUGAACCCGCGCCGGGACGCGGCGGUGCAGUGCUCGCUGGGGCGGCGCACGCUGCCGCGCAGGCCCCGCGACCCCGGCCCCCCGGCCAGCCCGGGCCCCGAGCGCGAGGCGGGCGGCGCCGCAUCCCCGCAGCCCGCCCGCCCGGGCCCGGCGCAGGGCAGCCCCCCGAGCGGCGGGCCGCGGCCCCUGCGCUUCCCGCGCACCGUCGCGGUGUACUCGCCCGUGGUCUCCCGCCGUCUCACCACCUUCCUGGAAGGAGCUGAGGCCACGGCGGGCGAGCCGCGGCCCGGGGCGCCGGAGGGAGAGCGAGCGCCGCCGCCCCCGAGCCCCCGGGGACCCGAGCAGGGAGAGAGGUCGGCGAGGAGGGCGCCCCAACGGCCGCUGUCCCCGGAGGCGGCCAAGGACCGGGUCGCGGCGCGGACGAGUAGGGAGCAGCCGGUGGACGGGCCCGAGCCGUCGUCGCGGGAGGCCCGGGGAGACGAGGCUGCCCCGCGGGGCGCGCCCGGGAGCCCGGAACAGCCGCCGCCGGUGGGGGGUUCCCAGGACGCCGAGGGCGAGAGGUCGUCGCCGCAGAGCCCGGAGGCGGGCAAGGAACGUCUGCGCUUCCAGUUCUUGGAGCAGAAAUAUGGCUAUUAUCACUGCAAGGACUGCAACAUCCGAUGGGAAAGUGCCUAUGUGUGGUGUGUCCAGGGCACUAAUAAGGUUUACUUUAAGCAGUUCUGCAGAACUUGUCAGAAGUCUUACAACCCUUACCGAGUGGAGGCUAUCACCUGUCAAAGUUGUAAACAGACUAGAUGCUCCUGCUCAAUAAAACUUCGCCACAUUGAUCCUAAACGGCCCCAUCGUCAAGAUUUGUGUGGGAGAUGCAAAGGCAAACGCCUAUCCUGUGACAGCACUUUCAGCUUCAAAUAUAUCAUUUAAAUGCACGUAAAAAGCCGGUCCUGCCAACCGAGCUAGUGGAGCAGACAAGUUAUGCUGGUGUGGCGUCUGAGCAGUUCCCACAGACCCGAAGGAGGAAGGCUCACUCCGGAUUG